AUGAGUGAUUUGCUGGUCAAGUUUGAUAGGGGGUUUUCCCUACAACAGGCCCUUGCUAUACUUGAGGAGGAUGACGAUCUAGUAAUGGACGAGGCCGGGGAGAUCAAGAUCACCAUAUUUCCCCCCGAGAACGCUUGUGGGAAUGUGACAGACGAGGAUUCGGGCGCUGGAGACUCAGCCAUUUUAGACAAUUUACCGGGAAGUCAACUUCCAGCACCUGCUGAGGUCAACCUUCGUGGGAGUGUUGAUGACAACGAUCAAGGUAGAAGUGACAGUGAAGGUGCACUCCGUGGUAGGCCUCCACAACAGAAGACGCAAACGGGGACACGAAAGAAAAAGAAGAACUAUAAUUGGAAAUUAAACAAAGAUCUUGAAGCUGAUGAGAGCAUGUGGCCGGUAAAGGAAGGGCCGAGCAAUAACCCUACACCUAUAGAAAUAUUUUCUCAGUUCUUCCAUGAAGACGUUUUGGACAUGAUAGUGAAGUUUACGAAUCAAUACGCAGCCAAACAUAAUAAGCUGGGGGAUGUUUCAAAUAAUGAAAUGAAAGCCUUCUUAGGCAUCCUUCUUCUAAGUGGCUACGCUCCAAUGCCUCGUCGGAAGAUGUACUGGCAGAGUCAAAAAGACACGAACAAUCAACUGGUAUGUGAAGCUAUGUCGAGAGACCGCUUCACCUUCAGCAUGAGCAACUUCCAUGUCUGUAACAACGAUGAGCUCGACGCCAAUGACCGGUUCGCCAAGUUGAGGCCGCUGUUCAAGAUGAUGAACGAGAGGUUCCAAUCCUUCGCUCCGCACGAAGAGAACCAUAGCGUGGACGAGACUAUGGUGCCGUACUUCGGACGUCACGGAUGCAAGCAGGGCAAGCCGAUCAGGUGGGGCUUCAAGUUUUGGACUGGAGCUACCCCGAAAGGAUACGUGGUUUGGUCGGAGCCGUACCAGGGAAAAUCAAGUGUCAAACAUGACUUUGGACUUGGCGGAUCGGUCAUCCUUGCUUACACGGAAGUGUUAAAAAAUAUGGACAUGCAGCCAUAUCAUAUAUUUGUUGAUAACUUCUUCACGUCAAUCCCUUUGUUGGAGGAACUGAAACGCCGAAGGUUUCGAGCGACGGGCACUCUGCGCGACAACCGGCUGGUGGACUGCCCUGUGAAGAGGAAGCAGGAGUUGAACAAGCAAGAAAGGGGCACGAUUUCGUAUGCAGCGGAUACAGAGAAGAAUAUUGUCGUGGUCAGCUGGAACGACAACAACGUAGUAACAGUUGGCAGUAAAGCCUCCACUGUGCUGCCACUACGCCAGGUCUCGCGCUACUCGCAGAAACUCAAAAAAAGAAUUGAAGUACCUCAACCGCACUUGAUAUCUGCAUACAACCAGAGCAUGGGAGGUGUGAAUCGUAGCGACCAGAAUGUCAGUUUGUACCGAAUUUCAAUCAGAGGCAAAAAAUGGUACUUCCCCCUUGCCAUGUACAUUGUGGACGUUGCCGAGAACAACGCGUGGAACGUUCACCGACAGAAUUCUGGCAGACUGGACCACCUAGAAUUCCGUCGACAAAUCGUGGCAGCUCUGCUUCCAGCAAACAAAAAGUCUGGCCAAGGAAGACAUAGGAUGUCCCAGGCCGAGCUGGAGAAUCCUAUGAGGUUUGACUGUUUGGAACACUGGGUGGUCCAGCAAGCAAAACAAACCAGGUGUGCUCAUUGUCAUGCUAAAUCGACAACCAGGUGCGAUAAGGGCUUCCAUGUUAAAUGUUUCAUUGCCUACCAUAAACGUACUUAG